UCCGCCUGCCCUUCCGGUUCCGGUACGGUCGUGUGUGGCUGGCUAGGAGCCGCUCGCUUGGUGCCGGCAAGAUGUUGACCUCGCGCACAUUCCUGAAGCGUACGCGGGCGGGAGCGGUGAUGAAGGUUGUGCGCGAGCACUACCUGCGCGAGGACAUCGCGUGCGGGGCGGCCGCCUGUGAGCAGUGCGAGCAGCAGCCCGGGGAGCCGCGCUUGGAGGCCCAGCCCGGCGGCGCCGCCAGCACCCUCUGUCCCGCCCCCCACUACUUGCUGCCGGACACCAACGUCCUGCUGCACCAGAUUGAUAUACUUGAAGACCCAGUUAUUACAAAUGUAAUUGUGCUUCAGACAGUCUUGCAAGAAGUGAGGAAACGGAGUGCACCAGUGUACAAACGAAUUAGAGAUGUGAUCACCAAUCAUGAAAAACAUUUCUAUUCCUUCACUAAUGAACAUCAUAGAGAAACGUAUAUAGAACAAGAACAAGGAGAAACAUCUAAUGACCGUAAUGACAGAGCUAUCAGAGUAGCAGUAAAAUGGUAUGAUGAACACUUGAAGAAAAUGAACAAUGAGGAGACCAUGCAAGUUAUUUUACUAACAAAUGACAGAAGUAAUAAAGAGAAAGCUGUGAAAGAGGGGUUAACGGCUUACACAUGUGAAGAGUAUAUAAAGAGCUUGAUCGCUAAUCCUGAUCUUGUAGAUCGGCUUGCUUGUGUAUCUGAUGAAGGGAAAGAAAUAGAAAGUGGAAGAAUAAUUUUUUCAGAGCAUCUUCCCCUUAGCAAAUUACAGCAAGGCAUAAAAUCUGGAAUCUACUUUCAAGGAACCUUCAGAGCUAACAGAGAUAAUUAUCUUGAAGCUACAGUAUGGGUUCAUGGAGAUGAUGAAGAUAACAAAGAAAUAAUUAUACAAGGACUACAAAAUUUAAACCGAGCAGUUCAUGAAGAUCUAGUAGCUGUGGAACUGUUGGCAAAAGACCAGUGGGGUGGACCAUCCUCUGUUGUUUUGCAAGAUGAGGGUCAAAAUGAAGAUGAUGAUAACGAAGAGGAGAAAGAAAAUAUUCUAAAGUCUUCGGUAAACAAGAAUAUGUUGAGACCAUCAGGAAGAAUAGUAGGCAUUAUAAAAAGAAAUUGGAGACCAUUUUGUGGCAUGCUUUCCAAAUCACAGAUAAAAGAGGCCAGGCGGCAUUUGUUUACACCAGCUGAUCGCAGAAUCCCUCGAAUUCGAAUAGAAACAAGACAAGCAUCCACAUUGGAGGGACAAAGAAUUAUUGUUGCUAUAGAUGGUUGGCCUAGAAAUUCCAGGUACCCCAAUGGUCACUUUGUAAAGAAUUUAGGAGCUGCUGGAGAUAAAGAGACUGAGACAGAAGUUCUGCUUCUUGAACAUGAUGUUCCCCAUCAGCCUUUCUCCCAGGCUGUUCUUAACUUCCUGCCAAAAAUGCCAUGGAGCAUUACAGAAAAGGACAUGAAAUUUAGAGAAGACCUAAGGUAUCUGUGUGUAUGUAGUGUCGAUCCUCCAGGCUGUACUGAUAUCGAUGAUGCACUACAUUGCAGAGAACUGGAAAAUGGAAAUCUAGAGGUUGGUGUACAUAUUGCAGACGUCAGCCAUUUUAUUCGACCGGGAAAUGCUUUGGAUCAAGAGUCAGCAAAAAGAGGGACAACUGUGUAUCUAUGUGAAAAAAGAAUUGAUAUGGUUCCAGAGUUACUUAGCUCCAAUUUAUGCUCCUUGAGAUCUAACGUGGACAGGUUUGCAUUUUCAUGUAUAUGGGAAAUGAACAAAAAUGCUGAAAUUUUACAAACCAGAUUUACAAAGAGUGUUAUUAAUUCCAAGGCAUCACUUACAUAUGCUGAAGCACAGCUGAGAAUUGACUCUGCAAGCAUGAAAGAUGAUGUUACUACUAGUUUGCGUGGACUAAAUAAACUAGCAAAAAUUCUGAAGAAGAGAAGAAUUGAUAAUGGAGCGUUAACACUUUCCUCACCUGAAGUUCGUUUCCAUAUAGACAGUGAAACUCACGAUCCUAUUGAUUUGCAGACCAAAGAGCUUAAAGAAACUAAUUCCAUGGUUGAAGAGUUUAUGUUGCUUGCCAAUAUCUCAGUAGCCAAAAAAAUCCACGAGGAAUUCUCAGAAUAUGCCUUGCUCCGGAAACACCCAGCUCCUCCUCCAUCAAAUUAUGACAUCCUCGUGAAAGCAGCAAAAUCCAAGAAUUUGGAAAUAAAGACAGAUUCAGCAAAGGCUCUAGCUGACAGUUUAGACAAAGCUGAAUCUCCUGAAUUCCCAUAUCUAAAUACACUGCUGCGAAUCUUGACAACUCGCUGCAUGAUGCAAGCUGUCUACUUUUGCUCUGGAAUGGAUACUGAUUUUCAUCACUAUGGUUUAGCAUCACCUAUUUAUACACAUUUUACUUCACCCAUUAGAAGAUAUGCUGAUAUAAUAGUACAUCGACUAUUGGCUGUGGCUAUAGGGGCAGACAGUACUUACCCAGAACUUACAGAUAAACAUAAACUUGCAGAUCUGUGUAAAAAUCUCAACUACCGACAUAAAAUGGCUCAGUAUGCACAAAGAGCUUCAGUUGCAUUCCAUACCCAGUUGUUCUUCAAAAACAAAGGAGUAAUGAAUGAGGAGGCAUAUAUUUUAUUUGUUAGAAAGAAUGCAAUUGUGGUUCUAAUUCCCAAAUAUGGUCUGGAAGGAACUGUCUUCUUUGAAGAAAAAGAUAAACCAAAGCCAAACCUCAAUUAUAAUGACGAGGUACCCUCACUUACUGUGGAGAACAGAACAUUUUAUACAUUUGACAAGGUUAAAGUGAACAUCAUGUUAGAUGCUUCCAACAUCCAACAUCAGAAAAUUCGUAUGGCGCUGGUGGAACCCAAGAUACUAGGAACUGAUGUUCCAAAUCAGACUACAGAGCAGAGCACUAACAGUGAACCCAAGAAAAAGAAGAAGAAGCUGAAAAAAUAGCUGCAUUCAAGCAGCUAAUAAAGAAUUCAAGUGUUACAUAUUUUGUUUGUUUGAAGAGAAAGUUUGUAAAUUCUGAAAUUUCAUAAACUUUUAAUUUCACUUUUUAAAAAGACAUUUUAAUAUUUUUAAAACUGCAUUUUUAUUUCAUCUCUUGUGCACCCAAGUGUUUGUAAUAGGUUUUAAAAAUUAUUUCAAUGUUUUCAUCUUAUAGGUGAAAAUAAAUACAUAAAAUGAAGGAACAUUCCCACCAGCGGUUCAUUAUUGUACCAGAAAUGGGAAAUUAAAGGACAAACUUGUAGCUAUUUGAUAAAGUAAA